GUAUUUUUUUGUGUGUCCUGGGGCCCCUUCAUCUUGUUUUGCUGCGUGUUCUUGCUUGCUGCACGUUCCCUUCUCUUCGGGCUGUCCUUCCCUUGGGCCGCCCCGGCGCAAGACGUGCGGGGCCGCCGUGGCCCGGUCACCUCGGACAUCGGCGGCUGGGAGCCGCCCUCCUUCCACGAGGCGCUGGCGCGGGAGGCCAUCGCAGGUUGGCGCCGGUUCAGGGAGGUGAUUAUUCCUGGGCUGCCGCAGAAGCACCAGCUGCAGCACAUGCUGCGCAAGGGGCACGCGGGUGCCCUGAACGACGCGUUCUUCCAUUUCCAGAAGAACCUCUUCGAGAACAGCGGCGACGUGCAGGCGUCACUCGGGAUGAGGAGCGGGAGAAUGCAGACGCCGUCUCCAGAGGACAACUCAAGCUGGCCCGAGAUGUGCGGCCUUCCUGAGUACAACCGGCUGCGCCACAUAGUCGACCGGCUGAGCCGCAGGUACCUGGAGCGCUCCGGGGUGGGCAGGGCGACCGCCGCGGCCCUGAACUACAGCAUCUUCAACUGGGCCGCCGUGCACGGCCCUGGCGAGUUCCACGGGCCGCACACCCACGUCGGCGAGUACCACGUGGGCGUCUUCUACGCCCAGGCGGGGCCCUCCGCGGGGAAGUUGCGGUUCAGCGACGCCCGCGGGCACAGCCCGCCGUUCGGCCGCACCUACUUCCAUACGCCGAGGUCCGGCGAGCUGGUCCUCUUCCCCUCGUGGCUGAGCCACAUGGCCACUGUCACGGCGCCGGCCUCCGACAUCCGGGGCGGCGGGGAGGAGCCCCUGCGGGUGGUCUUCUCCUUCAACAUCGGCCCGGUGGAGGGCCCGCUGCCCUGCCACCUCUGGUUCAGCGACCCCACGGGGGACAUGCGCUUCCGGCGGCGCAGCCCCAUCGACCCGAGGGAGCUGGAGUUGUGACCCCCCCCGCCCUCCUCCUCCCUCUUCCCUUCCCUUCCCUCCUCCUCUCUUUCCUCGUCCUCCCUCCUCCCUCCCUCCCCUCCUCCCUCUUCCCUUCCUCC